AUGAAUGUUCCUCUAGAUCGUAACAAGCCAUGGGGGUUUCAAUGGCGAUCGUCCGUAUAUUUUAUCGUCGCGACCAUGGCAGUCGCUUUACUCGCCGAUAUGUACAUGUAUGGAUUCCUGGUACCACUUCUCCCUUACGUAUUGGAGCAUCGUUUGGGGCUGGAUAAUUCUCUCACUCAGCGCAUAAGCACUGCCUUGUUAUCGGAGAGUGCGCUGGUCAUGGUCGUAGCCAGUCCAUUGAUCGGAUCGCAUGCCGAUCGCUCGGGUGCCAAACGACUAUGGCUGUUAGCUGGCCUUGCUGGCGCAUUGCUGGGUUCUUUGAUACUCGCUUUGGCAAAUUCAGUCUUCACGCUUUUUGCAGGAAGGCUGGUACAGUCUGUUGCUAGUAGCUCUCUCUGGGUUGUAGGCUUUGCAACUCUUGCGGAAAACGUCCCGGCUGAUGACAUGGGCAAGAUGUAUGGCAUUGUGACUGUCGCCAUUGCCGUGGGUACCUCGGGUGGCCCACUUGUCGCUGGUGUCUUAUUUGAUCUUGGUGGGUACUGGGUGGCUUGGUCCAGUGUGCUUUUGGUCGUCAUCUUUGAUGUGAUUCUGCGAUGUCUGAUGAUAGAGCGUCUGCCAAAUGACCAUCAACCGGUUGACACGAGGCCGAUUGAGCAAGACACGGAGAGAGAUGCUCUUUUGCCACCCUUGAAUCAGUCAGAGGAAGUGAGAGAAGAAGAGGCCCUUAUUGACGAGAGAACUGGAAUUCAGUUCUAUUGGUGCCUGUUUACCAACGGUCGCUUCCUUGGCGGUGUGAUCAGUUAUGUGUGUUUCGCCAUUCUAAAUGCAAGUUUCGACACGACACUCCCGCUUCAUGUGCGUGACACGUUUGGGUGGGGAUCUUUGCCGUCCGGACUUUUGUUUGCCGUUUUCCAGGGUCCCGGGGUGUUCCUAAGCGUUCCUCUCGGUUGGCUGAAGGACCGGGUGGGUACUCGGCACCCAACCACGAUUGGAUUUGCACUUCUUGUACCUUUUCUGUGGCUCAUUGGGAUACCGGGGGAUAAACGGUUUCCUUGGGCAAAUCAAGGGCAGAUCGGCCCGGUCAUAUACAGUGCCGCUGUCAGUGGUGCUGGGAUUGUGAUCUGCUUACUGAAUGGAGUGGGUAUGAUGGAAGCCAUUCACGCUGUGGAUGAGAUACAAGGGGAGAACCCCGGGAUCUUUGGACGUAACGGGGGGUAUUCCCGAGCAAUUUCGGUACGGGGAUGUGCGGAUUUUGCUCCUUCGUCGCAUUUUGGAAUUUGA